GGCAAGUACAGAUGGCAACGUUGAACGGUGUGCUGUUUGAUAUCUUAUUAUGCUCCCUCACAGAGCCACAGAUCUGCCUAUUUUACUGGACCCUCUUUCUCCUUGCCAACAUUUUCAAAGAAUUGGCUGCACUUGUGGACACCGCCUCUACAGGAUUCUCCAGUACAGAGCUUGACGGAAGGAGGCGGUCUGCUAUAGGAACAAAAGCUGAAUUUGCUAACGACAAACAAAUGUGGAAGAGGUUGCGUUGCUGACUGGGUCUGUGGCACCACUUAUGGUGCAAUGCAUGUCGGUCAUGGGAGACCCAGUGUGACAUGUUAUUGGUGCUGUGACGUCUUGCUCCGGACGGGCAGGUGUUCUGACUGAAGGAGUCAAUUCUGUGCGUCCUCAUUGCGACAUAGGUGUGUCAUUUGCACCUGCCAUGUGCCCCUUGGGAUAUUGAUACCUGCGGUGAUUGGGAUGGCCAAGAAGACUGACCAAGAUGUGGCGUUCUUUGUCAUCAUCAAAGGAAGCAACUGUUGAACAUCCUUUGGAAAGGGCUGAUCCGAUCUGAGUCAGCUGCAGAUCUCUAGUAGAGGGUCCGAUCUGAGUUAGGGUGGUACAGAGCUAGUUCUGUUGUGAGGCUGUGCCCAAGCAGAUUGUAUCGCAUGACAGAUUUGAGGGCUUUGCAUGG